AUGCAAGUAUGGCUUUCAAGCUUGUCCCCCUGUUGCCUUAAGCCUGGAGACCGGAGGUGCUUGCAGACCGGAGGUCGCGGCUGCUUGCUUUCUAAGGCGUUCUCGAGGUCUUUGGUCCAGUUCAAGCAAGGGAAGGACAGACUGGACUGUUCCCUCGUGCUUCUCCCUUUAGGGGUGAAAACCUUCCUGACCGGAGUGCCGUUCACUCUACUUCUCCUGGCGGGAAGUACUUGUUCCCUUCACCAACCAAUCUUCGGAUUCAAAAAUCUUGAAAAUAUAUCUGGAGAGUUGCUCACUCCAACGAGCCUAGGCGGCCUAGGUGGACUUUGUCCACUUCCUAUCAAAGCUCGAGUCUCCGGACUUGAAGAAAAGAAAACGGUGCCCACGAGACGGCUUAUGGUGUUGCACAGGAAAGUCUGCUGGGCAGCAGAAACUCCGUAA